AUGGCUACCGAGCCUCGAACACAUAUUGACUACACGGUGGGAUGGGUUUGCGCGCUGCCUAAGGAGUUCAUCGCUGCAGAGGCAAUGCUCGAUGAAACACACCAAGAUCUUCCCAGGCAACGCAAUGACCAUAAUUCGUAUACUCUCGGGCGUGUGGGUGUGCACAAUGUUGUUGUGGCGUGUUUGCCGAAAGGCGAAAUCGGCAACAAUAAUGCAGCAACGGUCGCAGCUCGGAUGACCUCUACUUUCCCAUCGAUUAAAUUUGGCCUGAUGGUUGGUAUUGGCGGUGGAGUACCAAAGUCUGUCAGGCUAGGUGACGUGGUAGUGAGCACCCCCACAGAUGAGUUUGGCGGAGUAGUACAGUGGGAUUUUGGGAAAGCCCAACAAGAGGGUCUUUUCAAACGCACAGGAGCAUUGAACCGUCCUCCUACGGAGCUACUCUCUGCGUUGACAAAAAUUGAGAAGGAGCAUACAAUGAAAGGUUCUAAGAUACCACAAUAUCUGAAGGAUCUGGAGACCAACUGGCCUAGGCUUGUACCGAAAUACACCAGGUCUAAGUCAUUGAAAGAUGUGCUCUUUAAAGCAGAUUGCAAGCAUAUUGAGAACAUCAAUACUGGGGAGAACGAAGAGAAAUACGACGACAGCGACGACGACGAAGAAGAAGAAUAUGAUGAUGAAGGAGGUGAAAAUUGUAUUCACUGCGAUCAAACCAAAAUUAUCCGCAGAAAGCCGCGGGACAUGCGUGUGCAUUAUGGCCUUAUUGCAUCUGGAAACCAAGUGAUUAAAGAUGCACUGUUUCGGGAUGAGAUCAACAAGAAACUUGGCGGCAAAGUUCUCUGCUUUGAAAUGGAGGCAGCAGGAUUAAUGAAUGACUUUCCAUGCCUUGUUAUCCGAGGUAUCUGUGACUAUGCAGAUGCACAUAAGAACAAGAACUGGCAGGAACACGCAGCAGCUGUUGCAGCAGCAUUUGCAAAAGAGCUUCUUUUGUUAGUGCCAGCGCAGGAGGUGGAGCAAAUGCCUACAAUCAAACAGUUAGAAAGUCGACUCGAAGGAGUGUCUAAUACUGUCAAUGAGAUUCGCUUUCAUCAGCAAGACCAUCAACGACACCAAGAACAUCAAACCAUUAUCGAUUGGCUUACACCAGUGAAUUAUGCCACUCAGCAAAAUGACUUCAUUGCCCAACGACAACAAGGUACUGGCGAGUGGGUGUUAAAAUCAAGCGAAUUUCAGCACUGGCUUGAACAAACUAAUCAGACUCUUUUCUGUCCCGGUAUUCCAGGAGCGGGCAAGACAAUUAUCACAUCUAUUGUUGUACACCACCUCCAUGAUCAAUUUCAAAACAACCCUUCUGUUGGUAUUGCAUAUCUAUAUUGCAACUUCAAGCAGCAAGAUGAACAGAGGCCAGUCGAUCUUAUUAUAAACCUCUUAAAGCAAUUAGUCUUGGGACAGUCUACCAUACCUGAAGCUGUCAGGGGCCUGUAUAACCGACAUAAGCCUAAACAAACCCGUCCUUCGCUGAAUGAAAUCCGAAAUACACUUCACCAAGUCGCAGCUCUCUAUUCAAGAACUUUCGUUGUCCUUGAUGCACUGGAUGAAUGCCAAGCCGCUCCUGAUGGACGGGACAUGUUAAUACGAGAGAUCUUUGACUUUCAAGCGAAUACUAAGGCAAACCUUUUCGCAACAUCAAGACUAAUUCAAGAAAUUGAAGCAAAGUUUCAAAGAGCUGUGAGACUUGAAAUUCGCGCUAAUGAUACAGAUGUGCAGAGGUAUCUACAUGAUAAACUGCAGAAUUGCCCUUCUUUGAUUUCACAGAACAAUUCUCUUCAAGAAGAGAUUCAAAAAAAGAUUACCAAGGCAGUUGAUGGAAUGUUUCUGCUCGCGCGGCUCUAUGUUGACUCUUUAGCAUGCAAGACUACAGCUAAGGCAAUAAAGGGGGCACUUCAAGAGUUGGAGAGCACGUCUGAGGCUACAAGCGAUGAAAAAAGGUCAAAAGCAUUAGAUAAUGCUUAUGAGCAAGUUAUGCAGCGAAUCCAGGGUCAGGUACAAGAACAUCAAGUGCUUGCUAAGCAGGUUUUAUCAUGGGUUUCUUGUGCUAAGAGACGCCUAACAUCUGCUGAACUUCAACACGCCAUUGGCGUAGAGGAGAAUACAUCUGAGUUUGAUAGGGAUAAUAUUGCGGAUAUCGGACUUAUUGUCUCAGUAUGCGCUGGCUUGGUGAUUGUUGAUAAAGAGAGUGACAUAAUCCGUUUGGCCCACUACACCACACAAGAAUACUUUGAGCGAACAUGGGAACACUGGUUUCCCAAUGCUCAUAUUGAUAUGACGAAAGUAUGCGCUACCUACUUGUCAUUUGAAGUUUUCAAGGAAGGAUACUGCCCAACAGAAGAUGCUUUGACAGAAAGAUUACAGUCAUAUAUUCUUUAUAGUUAUGCAUCAGCAAAUUGGGGAUACCACGCGGGCAAGUUUUCCAUUGAAGGAGAAAGGCUGAUAAUGAACCUUCUUGAGGACACUGCCAAAGUAUCUGCCUGUAGCCAGGCUAUGUCUUACAAAGAAUCUGGGUGGUUUGACUUUGUGACUGAAACUGGAAUGACAGGCCUGCACCUUGCAGCACAUUUCGGACUUUGGAGACCCGCGUCAAUUCUGCUUGAGAAAAAUGUCAAUGUUGAAUCUCGGGAUAAAAGUGGCCAGACCCCGCUCUCAUUGGCAGCUAUAAAGGGACAAGGGGCAGUGGUGAAGCUGCUGCUCGAGAAGAAUGCCAAUAUUGAAUGUCAGAUUGAUGGUGGCUGGACCCCGCUCUUAUUCGCAGCCUGGAGUGGACAUGAGGCAGUGGUAAAGCUGCUGCUUGAGAAGAAUGCCAAUAUUGAAUCUCAGGAUGAAGAUGGCUGGACCCCGCUCUUAUUCGCAGCCUGGAGUGGACAUGAGGCAGUGGUGAAGCUGCUGCUUGAGAAGAAUGCCAAUAUUGAAUCUCAGAAUAAAUAUAGCCAGACCCCACUCUUAGUAGCAGCUAGUGAGGGACAUGAGGCAGUGGUGAGGCUGCUGCUUGGGAAGAAUGCCAAUAUUGAAUCUCAGAAUAGUAGUUAG